AUGGGCUGGGGGGCCAGAUCCCACGUGGCAGAUCUGUUUUUCCGCGAUCCGGAGCAGGACACCGCCAGCAGCCCGGUCCUGGGCCGGCUGAAUGCCGUGCCCACCUUCCUGGCCCUGCGUCCGGCCUUCGCCCUUGAGGAUGACAUGGAGCCGGAGGCCGUGGGGGUCAGCUCGGGCAGCUCGCUGGCCUUGCGGGCACCGGCAUACCGGCCGGCCGCGGGCGCCGGCGCCGGGGCCGCCACCACCGACAACCCCCCGGUGUCGGAGGGGCAUCCACGCUUCCCUCAUGUGGUGGUAGGCAUGUUUUCUGGCUCCUCGGUGUCGGCGGCCGACGCGGCCGAGGGCGCCCACAUGGCCGAGGCCAUCGGCGUGCGGGGAAUCAAGGCGGUGCCGGCGCCAUGGCCGUCCGGCGGCAGCGACACCGGCGAGGGGGCCCCGCCAUCGGGCACCUGCCCGGAUCCGAUCAUCCCCCCGCUGGAGGAUGAGGCCAAGGCGGUUCCCCCGGAGGCCCGGCUCUUCCGCGACAGGCCGCCAGUCCGCGACAUGUUUGCCACGCCUGUGACCGGCGAAAACCCCCUGGACGAGGGCGCGCUACAUGGCCAAGCCGCCGCGUCGCCCGUGGUGGAGGUGCUGGCCGUGGUGGACGGCUUCUUCAAUCAGAAGCUCGCCGGCCAGGGGCUCUCGGCCACGGAGAUCACUGCCUUCGCCAACUCCCUGCUGUACUUGGCCAACAACGUGUACAAGGUGACGGAUUUCGGCUCGCGCGGCAGCCCGCGCCUGGUGAUCACCAACAUCGUGUCCUACGCCAACCCCGGCCAGGUGCCCUUCUCGGUGAGCAGCGACUCCAACACCACGCUGGAGCACUUCAACAACUUCCAGAUGAACAACUUCCGGUCCAAGUACCACUUCGAUGUGGCGGCCCUGCUGACCGGACAGCGCUUCACCAACAAUGUCUCCGGUCUGGCUUACAUCGGCACCUCCUGUCGGGCGUCCUUCGCCUCAUCGGUCAACAAUGCGCUGAGUUUCCUGGCCGGUCUGACUGUGGCCCAUGAGAUCGGCCACAACCUGGGCUCCGACCACGAUGGCUCCGGCAACAAUUGCAACAACUACAAGUGGGUGAUGUCCCCUUCGCCUGGUGGCGGUCUCCUGAUGCCGGCGCACUUCUCCACCUGCACCGUGUCCAGCAUCAACAGAAACAUUGCCUCCACCUCCUGCCAUCAGGACAACCUGAGCUCCAACCCCCCGGCGGAUCUCCCCUGCGACCCGAAGUCCGCCUCCAAUGGCAAGCCCCUUUGCCUGACGCCGCUAAAGCAGUGCAUCCUCCUGGGCUACGAUGGCUACUGUGACUCGUAUUCGUCGUCCUGCAAGCUCACCUGCUUGGAGAAAUCCUCGGGCUCUUGCUGGUCGUACGGCGACCCGAUGAUCGACGGGACCAUCUGUGCCCCGAGCAAGCACUGCAUCAGUGGCACCUGUCUGAACUCCAGCGACGGUGGCAUCCCUCCCGGCGGUGAGUCGUCCAAUGGUGGCACUCCUCCCGCCAGUGGAUCUGGUAGCAAUGGGAGCGCCGUCCCCCCGGAAGGUUCCAACGGUGGCUCCAACGGUGGCUCCAACGGUGGCUCCAACGGUGGCUCCAACGGUGGCUCCAACGGUGGCUCCAACGGUGGUUCCAACGGCUCUAACGGCGGUCCCAUCGAGGCCUCGAGCUCCUCCUCCGAUGCCUUCUCUGUCUUGGCGUUUGCCCGGUCAUCCUGGGGCUCGGGCGCCGUGGCCGCGGUUGCCUGCGCCGCUGGUAUCCUUGUGUCUCUGGCCUGAGCCAGGCGAGGUCUCUCCUAUGCCUGGCUAGUCUGGUCUUCACGAGCAGGGCGAGGUGAAUGUGCGCAUGCGGGGGGGUUGUGUGCUGCCAGCAUCUGGCAGCCCCCCCCCCCCUUCCCUUCCCUCACCCAAGGCGUGAGCUGCCAUGUCAGGUCCCAUACGCGCGCGCACGGCAUCGUGUGCAUGGAGUGAGAUGUGGCCAUCCAGGAUCGCGCUCUGUAUUUGUGCGUGCGCGCGCGCCAUCAGUCAUAAGCACGCACCACAUGCACACAUACACGGCACCACACGCACUUCAUGCGCUGCGCCCCUUGCGCGAGAGGUGUCCGGGAAAAAAAGGAGCAAAAAUCAUGACAAAAGCAAAUACAAAACAUGUCCCCCGA